AUGGCCUCAUCUCUAACUGCCACAUAUCCAUGGACUAAAGUCCCACUGAUCAGCUGUGCUCCAAUGCGCCUGAUAGCGAAUGCAACACUCGCAGCCGCAGUCUCCAUAGCCGGCGGUCUUGGUUUCAUAGGUGCAGGCAGCGACAUCAGCACUCUGUCCUCUGAACUCUUCCAAGCGCGUGACAUUUUAACCAAAGCCAACAUAUCUACGAACACCGGCGUCUUACCCAUAGGCGUUGGCUUCCUCAUCUGGGGUGCACCUUUGGCAGAUACCUUAGCCGUCCUCAGGAAACCAGAAAACAUACCUGCAGCAGUAUGGUUGUUUGCUCCGAGAAAUCCAAAUCAGCUCAAAGACUGGACGGAGGGUGUUCGCGAAGCUACAAGCAACAAGACAAAGAUCUGGAUCCAAGUGACCAGCGUCCGUGAAGCCCUCGAAGCCGUCAAACUCGCAAGUCCCGAUGUCCUGGUAGUCCAAGGCACCGAUGCCGGCGGCCACGGUGCGGCUCAAGGCGCCGGCAUCACCUCUCUGAUCCCCGAAACCAUCGACGCGGUGACAGAACACUGCAAGUCUUCUUCCUCAGCACCAUUACCAUUUUUCGUGGCAGCAGGUGGAAUCAGCGAGGGCAGGGGUGCAGCAGCUGCACUGUGUUUGGGCGCUCAAGGUGUAUGUCUGGGCACGAGAUAUCUCGCUGCAAACGAAGCAACCAUCGCAUCUGGAUACCGAGAUGCAGUGCUCCGUGCUUCUGACGGAGGAACCACUACAAUUCGCUCAUCGGUGUACGAUCAACUUCGCGGCACUACAGAAUGGCCUGCUGGCUACGGUGGCCGUGGUGUUUUGAAUGCAAGUUAUCGAGACCACGAGGCUGGCGUGACAUUCGAGGACAACAAGAAGCUGUAUGACGAGGCGGUCGCAUCGGGAGAUAAGGGCUGGGAGGGCGAUAGGGCGAGAUUGACGACUUAUGCCGGUACGGGCAUUGGUCUUGUGAAGACAAUCAUGAGUGCAGAGGCGAUCACCCAAGAGGUGCGAGAUAACGCCUUGAAGGUAUUGUCAAGCGUCUCUGUCUCCAAACUGUGA